CGCAGAUGAUGUGCGUGCAGUGUGAUGGCGGCGCCCGUGCAGAACACACCGUGCAGCAGUUUCCGAAGGAGCGGCGGCCGCGCGCAGAUCCGCGGGACCCGCAACACUGGCCGCGCGCUGCUCACCACCUCCAGCGGAGCGCCGGGACUGGACCGCGCGCUGGGUGGCGGUUUAGUGGUUGGGAGUCUUCUUCUAAUAGAAGAAGAUCAGAAUGAUAGUUACUCCAGGCUGCUGCUGCAGUAUUUCUUGGCUGAGGGCGUGGUCAGUGGACAUCAGCUCUACCUAACGUCUGCCCGAGAUGACCCGGAUGACAUGAUACAGGAUCUCCCCUGUCCGAUUCUAGAUGAUGUUGGUUUGAGUUCGUCUUCCUCCGCCCCUCCUGCAGACACACAGACUCUGGACACAAUGAAAAUUGCCUGGCGCUACCAGAAUCUUCCACAGACUGAACUGGCCUCCUCUUCUCGGUUCGGACACUGCUAUGACCUCUCUAAAAGGAUGGACACUCGGAUGCUUCAAGCCGUUCAGCGGCACACCUUUUACCCCCCACAGGAAAAAACAGAUGAACAGACCAGCUCUUUGGGGCCGUAUGCUGGUUUGCUAAAGUCCAUCCAGACAGUCAUCCAUCGGGAAGGUUUUGAUGGUUCUGGUUCAGAGGGGAAAGUGCGGAAUGUGUUACGGUUGGGUCUUCACUCUUUAGGCUCCGCCCUCUGGGGAGAUGAUGUGUGCUUUAGUGAAAGUCCCGCCAGUGGCCACGCCCUCACCACGUUCUUAUAUGCCCUCCGGGCCCUGCUGCGCUCCUCCCUCUCGGUUGCUAUGGUGACUGUACCUGCUCACCUUAUACAGAAUAAGGCAGUAUUGGGUCGUGUGGUGAAGCUGAGUGAUGCAGCCGUUGCUCUGGAGUCGUUUAGCAGCUCAGAGAGACAAACCAACCCACUCUACAGUGAUUACCAUGGUCUUCUGCACAUUCGGCAGGUUCCUCACCUGAACUGUUUGAUGUGUGAAGCUCCCGACAACAAAGAUCUGGCAUUUAAACUCCGCAGGAAGCAGUUCAGUAUAGAGAAGCUGCAUUUGCCUCCUGAUUUGUCUGAGACGGUCAGCAGGGUCAGUAAAGCUAAAGGGGAAUCUCCAGCCUGUGGCUCCGCCCCCACCGGACACACACCCCUUGAUUUCUAGGUCAUACCUCAGGGUGUUUAAACACACCCAUAAACCCCACACCUCAUACACCUCUCAUACAAUAAGAUACAUCUCCUUUCUGUUUCAGUUUGAUUUAGUAAAUAAAUACUAUAUAUUUAAUGAAA